AUGCCUUUGAAAGAAGGCAGUGGAGAAGGGAUGCUGCUACUACUUACCGCAAGGAGAUUCAUCUUCACCAGGGCUACCACCGUCAGCGUUGAAUCGCUGAACGUCCGCGAGUCCCUCGAUAACCCCUGCAGUAUAGAGCUUGGAGGUCAGCCUCUCUCCGUGGCGUACAACAUCGAGGGCGCCACUUAUACGCCGGCCCUGUUGCUAAGUGAAAUCAGUAGGGCUAAUAACUCCAUCGAUAACAUUCGAUCUGUAUCGGAGGAUUUGGGUUUGUGCGUGCCAACAAUAACUGACAGACUAGCAACCUUUCCCGCAGCGCCUAAUUUGCAAGGAAAGACAUACCAGGAAGCUUUCCACAUCAUCCACAAAGAACUGGUCUACAUUCUGGCACACUUUUACUUCGCUCAGCAUGACUUCAACACAUUUCGUGAACUCUGCAUCAUCCACUUCCCUGAUGCGUUUGGUAGUAAAAUUGUCGACUCAAUUGGCAAGUUCAAGAACAUACUUUGUAAUGUGAUGACAAGGAUAGGCUACAGCCCCCUCGUUCAGCAAAAUCUCGAAGAUAUCAAUCAGGUAUGGCACAACACAAGGAUGGGCUGUUCAGAAAGGAGAGACUGGACUUGCGUGCUCCUCAGUUCAACUCGAAAUGCUUUGAACGAACUCAGAAACUUCAUGUACAGAGAAGAGGUACAGAGGCAAGGAAAAAGAGCAAUGCAGAGCUGGAACCUCCUCCACCUGCGAAAGAAUCUAGAUGUUCUCCAUAAAAAUCGAAACUACUACAAUCAGCAAAAAGCUUUAAGUGGAUACAGGAACCAGGACAACACCAUGGCAAGAAUCUGGGAGAUUGAGGAGGUACAAGAGCCAUGCUGUUAAUCUUGCCAUUGCUGAAACACGGAUUUAAGUAGGUUCUACUGAAAUUUUAAAGAAAACUU